AAAACACCUAGGAGUUCUACGGAGAUGAGUACUCUGUUCAAAAUGGCGAUGAAAGGUAAAUGGAAAGAGGUUGAAGAGCUUUGCCGGGACAAUCUCGAUCUUCUUAAACGGAAAAUCACAAAAACAGGUGCCACAGCACUGCAUGUGGCCAUCACUGAAAAGCAACUUGACACCGUUAGAGAACUUGUGACGCUGAUUAAAAGGGAGGACAAGAAGGAAGCACUUAGAGUUACAACCGACAAAGGCGAUACGCCUCUCCAUCAAGCAGCAUCAAUGGGCAGUCAGCUUAUGUGCAAAUGGAUGGUGGAAGCUGAUCCCACUUUAAUUGGUUAUCGGAACAGUAAGGGAGAAACCCCUCUCUUCUUGGCCGCUUCAUAUGGAAAGACUGGAGCUUUUCUCUACUUACACAGUGUCUGUGAAAGCAUUGAAGACGGCUAUUCUUAUUCCAGAAGGGCAGAUGGUUACACUACACUGCACUCUGCAAUAGAAGGGGAAUUUAUGGAUUUGGCAUAUGGUAUAAUUCUAUUGUAUGAAGAUCUUGUCGAUUCUGUAAAUGAAAAUGGUGAUACCGCUCUCCAUCUUUUGGCCAACAAACCUGCUGCUUUUAAAAGUGGUAACAAACUUGGAUGGUUCAGCAGAAUCAUUUAUGAAUGUCUAUCUGUGGAGCUGUACCUGGACGAUAAAUUCCCUUCGGAAGACAAAUCAUAUGAUAGCAGUGAUACAUCUGUGGACAGUACUGUCACUCAAGAAAUCCCUAACUUACCAAACGUAGAAGCAGCUGACUUAGAGAAGCAAGCAACAACAUCCAAUAAUAAAGACGUCCAAAGUAAAGCUUCACAAGACAAAUCAUAUGAUAGCAGUGAUACAUCUGUGGACAGUACUGUCACUCAAGAAAUCCCUAACUUACCAAACGUAGAAGCAGCUGACUUAGAGAAGCAAGCAACAACAUCCAAUAAUAAAGACGUCCAAAGUAAAGCUUCACAAGACAAAUCAUAUGAUAGCAGUGAUACAUCUGUGGACAGUACUGUCACUCAAGAAAUCCCUAACUUACCAAACGCAGAAGCAGCUGACUUAGAGAAGCAAGCAACAACAUCCAAUAAUAAAGACGUCCAAAGUAAAACUUCACAAGAGAGUGAGAAAGUAAUGGAAAAAAGAUCCAUUUUCCGUGACUGUAUCGGAUUUUGUGCCAAAGAAACAUUGGGUCUUAUUGAAGCAGUAACUCCGUGUAUGAGGAUAAAGAUACGCAUUGAAGACAUACGAGAAAUAAGAAAGAAGCAUGAAUGGAGUGUCAAACUCAUGGAUAAACUCCUAGAAUUUGCAUCUAUCUAUGAGUACGUAGACCCUACAGAGGGAGACGAAGACCAGCCAUUCGAUGUUUCAAAAGAGUAUCUAGAACCUGAACAAGGACACCACAUGGACGAGGUCACCUCAUCCAAAGUUUUGCAAAAAUGGGAGAAGGAGGGGAAAAUCAAAGCGGGAAAACUAGAAUCAAAGGAAUCAGCAAUAUUAAUUGCAGCCAAAAAUGGAAUAGAAGAAAUAGUGACGAGCAUCCUUGAAGAUUAUCCAGUGGCCAUUAAUGACAGGGACGCACGUAAGAAGAAUAUAUUGAUAUUGGCAGCAGAGAAUAGGGAUUUUAAUUUAUUUAACUUCUUGAUCAACAAGAACUUCGUGAAUGAAAGUAUCGCUUGGCAAAUGGAUGACGAAGGGAACACGGUUUUGCAUGCGACCGCAUUCCACAAUAAACUUAAGCUCUGGCCAGUUCAUGGAGCUGCAGCACAGAUGCAGUGGGAAAUCAAAUGGUUCGAGUAUGUGAAAUCCUCAAUGCCUUGUGGCACCUUCUAUCCACGAAACUACAAAGGACAGAGCGCAGAGGAGAUUUUUACCGAAACGCACGAGGCACUGGUUAAGAAAGGAGCAAAUUGGCUGGUCAAAACCUCAGAAUCGAUCUCUGUGGCGGCGACUGUUGUUGCUGGAGUCGUAUUUGCCACCUCGUCUUCCAUCCCAGACGGUCUUGAUGAGAAAACCGGCAAACCCAAACUGGAAAAACAGGUGGCUUUCCAAGUUUUCUCCAUCUCAUCGUUGCUGGCGCUCUGUUUUUCGGUCACGGCUUUGACCAUGUUCCUGGUCAUCCUCACAUCAGGCUUCAGAGAAAGAGAUUUCCGCAGAGACCUUCCUUUGAAGCUUAUAUUUGGUCUGACGUCACUUUUCAUUUCCAUAACCUCCAUGUUGGUUUCUUUUACAUCUGGCCAUUCUUUGAUGACGGAAGGUAAAUUCAGAUAUGCCGUCUUUCCCGUUUAUGCCGUGGCUUGCCUUCCCAUUUCUAUUUUCGCCGUCGCCCAGUUUCCCUUGUAUCUUGAUCUUCUCCGGACUAAUUUCAAAAGUCGGUUUGAUUUCUUCCCUUUAAACUUAUUAAAUCACCUCAGCUGGGUAUGGAAGUUAAUCAGCGUCUACCUGAAUCCAAGGAGAACAAAAAAGUCUGAAAACGAAAAUUGAUGACCAUUACCAAUGAGGAGGACCUAUAUAAAU